UGCUGCAGCUACGAUAAAAUACCCAAGCGAGGUGGGAGAACUGACGACCGAACUGUAUUAAUAUAUCGGUGAGAAAUAACAAUGGCCCUUGAAUCGCGGAUCACACAGGAAGAAAUCAAGAAGGAACCAGAGAAGCCCAUUGACCGAGAAAAGACCUGCCCCCUUCUGCUGCGAGUAUUCACCACCAAUAGCGGCAGACACCACAGAGCAGAUGAAUUUGCUCGUGGCAACGUUCCCUCCAGUGAACUGCAGAUAUAUACAUGGAUGGAUGCUACUCUGAAGGAGCUAACUAGCCUGGUUAAGGAAGUGUAUCCAGAGGCCAGGAAAAAGGGGACUCACUUCAGCUUUUCUAUCGUCUUCCCCGACCCCAGAGGGAAAGUGUACAGGUUGAAAGAAAUCGGCAGUACUGUAUCCGGCAGGAAGGGCACAGAUGACUCCAUGACGCUGCAGUCUCAGCGCUUCCAGAUUGGAGACUAUCUGGACAUAGCUAUCACACCACCCAACAGAGCCCCACCCCUUGGCACACGCAUGAGGCCCUUCUGAACGUUCACACACAUAAACACACACACACACCAACCAUCAUACAUACGCCAACACACAUCAACAUUGCAUUUUUUGUUAAGUUUUUCUCUGCAUCAUUGUGGAUGAUUUUUGCAAUUAAAUGUAAUCUGUAAUAAAGUUGUCAUUUUUUCCAAA